AUGGCUUUUUUUAAACAAAUCAAAUUAUUUCUCCGUUCUACGAACUACCUACGAUUUGAGCCAACAAUAAAAUAUAAUAAAUUAUUUUCGUCUGGAGCUUUUCUUACAUCUAAUGAAAAUAUUGUUUAUUCAAAUGUUAAGACAUUCAAGCACCAGCAUAUUACUUUAAUAUCAUUGAAUAGACCAGAUGAUAAAAACACAUUAAAUGUGGCGACUGUAGAUGAUUUAAGAAAAGCUAUUUCAAAUUUUGAGAAUGACCCUUCAUCAACGAUUGCUGUUCUAUAUGGAGAAGGGGGAUCAUUCUGUGCAGGAUACGACCCUGGUGAACUGUCUGAGGCACCACAAAACUUUUUAAAAUCACAUUGCCGAAAGCCAAUCAUAGCUGCUGUUUCUGGAUUUGCAUACAAUGUUGGUUUUGAGUUGUGUUUGUGGUGUGAUUUACGUAUUGUAGAAGAGAAUGCUGUCAUGGCAAUUGAUAGAAAAUUAAAUAUUUCAAAUUCAAAAAUAUUUCUCAAGAGGCUUUUAAAAACUGUAGGUUAUUCUAGAACUAUGGAUCUAUUAUUGACUGGCAGAGAUAUAAAAUCUAAAGAAGCAUUUGAAUGUGGUCUUGCAAACCGUGUAGUUGCAUGUGGAUCAAGUGUUGGUCAAGCAGUAAAUAUGGCAUUUAAUGUUGGUAAAUUUCCACAAGAUUCAAUGAACUACGACAGAAGUGUAAUACAUGAACUAACAUCAGAAUAA